AUGGGGGCGAACAAAAAUGACGCUAUUAACUUUAGUGGAGAUCAGAGUCGGCUGUGCGAAUUGGAAUUGGGAGAUUUGGUACGCUCACAGGGGAUGAGAACAGCUGUAGGAAAUGGAAGAAGAGUUUCAGGAACUGCUCAACUCAAGGUUGGUGUUAAGGGAUCACACGGCCUGUCACUUGAACGCAAAGUAGUUUGGGAGGUUGGUCCUUCUCUCCGGCGAUGA